UGCCACGUGGCGCCCACGGCCAUGGGAAUUUGGCAUUUUUGGCGUUAUUACCGGUUCGACAUACUCAUUUUGCUCACCUAUCAAAUGAAUCAUUUCUUUGGAGUUCAACAGCUAUUCCCGAUCUUCCUUAAUCAUACGCCGAAAACUUUCUGUGUAGGAGAAAAAUGUUACGACACACCAAAGAACAAGUGCAUGGAAUGUCCGAAUUGCCCAGAUCUUUGCGCCAAUGCCACCUUGCCGGCUGCAGAAUGUGUUGCAAAGUAUUCACACGCUUACUAUAAAUCCGCUGCCAUGGAGUUUAAUUUAUACUGUAAACCUGGAUGGAAAGAUUUCCGUCCGGCUUUCGCCCAGUAUUUCGGAGUACUGAUCGGAAACAUCAUUCUUGGUUGGGUUGCAGAUAAAAUCGGACGUCGUAAGACCUAUCUAAUUUCGCUAUUCAUUGGAAUUCCAGCCCUAGCCCUAUCCGGUAGGAGCCUUCGACAAUAUUGCCGUACCAUGGUAGUCGGAUGGGCUUACUUCUCUGAGCUUGUAUCGUCACAUCAACGUUUCAAGCUGAGAACGUUCAGUAACUGGGCUAACGGCCGUAUUAUGCUGACCCUUGUCUGCCUGUUUGCCGGAGAAUGGCGUCUGUCAUCAUAUCUCUCAGCAGCAAUCGCCUGUAUCAAACUCUGUAUUGUGUUGUUUGUUCUUCCGGAAAGUCAUAUUUGGUUGAGGAAAAAGGGUCGAUAUGCCGAAAGUGAGGAAAGUCGAAAACGUAUCGCGAAACUAGCUGGAAUGCCAUUUGAACCAAUGCCAGCACCCGAAGAAAAAGGAGAUGCAGCAAAGGAACCGGAAAAGGCAAUCGGCAUCAUCGAUGUGUUCAAGGAGUCGCAUUUGAGAAGAAAUCUACUUGUUCUUUGGAUGAUGUGGUUCGUAACUGGAAUUACUGCUUAUCUUACUGAUCUCUGUGGUGGAGAUAUGACAAAGAACUUCUGGAUUGGACAAUUCUUAUCUGGAAUUCUGCUUUCAAUUGUUAGGAUUGUGCUCGGAUUCGCUGAUGGAUUCUUGCCAUGGAUGGGUCGUCGCUUCGUUUUGCUUGUCUCUCAAUCUCUGGCUGUCGGAUUCUUCGCUUGCGUCGUCGCUUUCUUGUUUAUGGGAGCAAAGGGCGAGUGGUACUACACUGCUGUCUAUCUGGCUGCAUUCGUAUUCACCUCGAUUGUAUGGGAACCAUGCUACCUAUGCGCAUCGGAACUUAUGCCUACAGACGUCCGUGCAACAAGUACAGCAUCUUGUUCGAUUGUCGGACGUAUUGCCAACAUUAUGGCUUCCAUGCUGAGUGGCUUGAAGACUGUCUACGAACCCGGUGUUCAUAUGAUUUCGAUGGCAUGUGGUACUGCUAAUGUGCUUGUGGCGUUCAUCUGGCUUCAAGAGACCAAGAACUGCAGUCUCGAUAAUGUCGGAAAGAAGGCUGACGUGCCUGCAGAAGCGAAGACGUAA